UUUAUCGUCUCUGCGACCAGGAGAAGACUGCUUGACCAUUUUCCAUAUCGUCCACACAUCUCCAGCAGAGCUAUCGAUCAGCUGUUCGCGGCGCCUUAUGUGGCGUAUCCAAUUGACUGUGUUUAAAUUUCAGUCCUUCCUUCUCCCCCCAGACCAAAGUAUACGAGCAAGAUGCAGCUCCCCGCACGGCUGGCCCUCGCCGGCGCACGGCGCAUAGCAUCAGCAGCAUCAGCAACGAGGUUAGCGCCAAUGGCUCCCUUGACCGCCAGGUCAUCACGUCUCUUCCACGGCACCGGCCGCAACACUGCAGUCGUGACCCCGCUCCAAGGCAACGGCCCGCCGCCCGACGCACCCGUCGCCACCGACCCGGCCUUCCGCGAAGAUAACGCCGCCGCCGCCGCCGCCACCACAACCAACCCCGCUACUGAGACCACCAGCCCUAAACCGACGCCACCGGCCGCCGCCGCCGAGAGCACUAGGAACAGCGCUGAAGACGCGCGGGUGAUCCAUAAGAGGAGGCGCCAGGCCAUCAUCCUCCAGGCGGCGCGGGAUGUCAAGGCCGCGGGGGUCAAGUCGCUGGCAGAGCUGCAGAAGGUCAAGGCCCUGCCGAAGCGGUUCUGGAGAGAGGUCCACGUGCGCGAGGUCGAUGGCGCGUGGGAGGUCCACCUCGACUCCAGGAAGGUGCGGCACCCGACCACCAAGCAAAUCCUGAGGGUCCCCGCCACAAAGCCGCAGCUGGCGUACGCGCUCGCCAACGAGUGGGACCAGAUGGAGUCGGUGCGGCAGACGACCCAGCAGCACAUGGUGCCGCUGACGGGCCUGGUGUGCCGCGCCUUGGACAUACGCGACGACGACGCGGCGCACCGGGCUGCCGCGGGCAAGGACGGCAUGGCACCGACCCGCGCCUCGGCCGUGGCCACGGCCAUGCGCUACCUCGACACGGACAACCUGCUCUGCUGGGCGCCGCCCGACGCCGAGGCGCUCGCGGCGGGCGAGACGAUACUGCGGGAGCUGCAGGAGCGGGCGGCCCGCCCCAUCAUGGCCCACCUCGAGUCCCGCGUCUGGACCACGGGCGGCGGCGGCGGUUCCGUCCGGCUGCGGCCCGCGCUCGACGGCGGCGGCAUGCUGCCCACGCCGCAGGACCCGGCCGUCCACGACGCGGUGCGCGCCUGGCUGUCGGAGCUCGACGCCUUUGACCUGGCGGGCGUCGAGCGCGCCGCGCUGGCCGGCAAGUCGGUCCUGGUGGCCGCGCGGCUCGUGGCGCGGUGGAGCGAGAACGGGCUCGAGGCCAAGGUGGCGGACGAGGAGCAGAAGCAGGACGGAGAGGCCGAGUUUGGGGUCGAGGAGGCCACCGAGGCCGCCAGCGUCGAGGUGCGCUGGCAGACGGGCAGGUGGGGCGAGGUCGAGGACACGCACGACGUGGAGAAGGAGGACCUGCGGAGGCAGUUUGGGAGCGUCGUGCUGCUCGUCUCGGGCGGCGAGGCGCCGCGGAGUUGAGGGAUGGUGAAAAUAAGCAAGGUGAGGUGGGGUGAAUGUCGUCGACUUGCUGCAUUAUUGUAAAAUAGAUAUCACAAGCGUGCUAGAAAAAAGGUAUAGAUGGACGGCUCAGAGCGGUCUUUCUAGUAUAGCAGGGCGGGACUUGGCCUGAUGGAAUAGCCUUGUUUUGAGCAAGAUGGACCGCUCAAAGGUGGUGAUGGCAGACGUUUUGGGCGCACCUCAUCUCAGCUAGAAAGAUCAAGGAAAGACCAAGCCAGUCCCGAGGCAGCGGCCUCAAACCGUCACAACGGCGCAGCGAAUAUCAGCCUUGCUGGGGCUGCAUCUACGAUAUAACAUCUAACCUAGCAUCUCUUCGGUGAAAAUGCCCAAUCACGAUUGGACCUGGCAGGGAAUAUGGUUAUGGUUAUUUGGUCUCGAGUCGUGUCGGCAACGCAAUCUCUUGACCAGCUUCCUCAUUUCAGGGGGUGGAGCGGGUCC